AUGAGCGAUCCUAGAGAAGUUGGUCGAGAUGAUCCAUAUGAACAGGUAACGUCAGCAGAGGAAGAGCAGCUUGAGCUGGAGGAACAGAUCGAGGAGAUUGAGCGGCAAAGACAGGAUCUGAUGAAGAGGUUAGAAGAGAAGAAGGCGCAUAUUAGGAGGAGAGACCCCAAUUUUGUUGCAAUUCAAGUCGAGAGAUCACCUAUCAAGAAGCCAGUGGCGCCAGCGAAGCUGAAGCCUUCCCCAACGAGACGGGCCAUAUCUGUCGAGAAUCCGAACGAGCUGAAGGUUGAAAGACAGCUUCAGAUACCGGCAAAUAGCACUUCGUACUUUAUUGACAGAUUUACUAGCUCCAAGAGAGACGAACAGAACAGGCAGCAACUGCAUCAAAAGCUUCUGAGCGAUAGGGUUCAUACCUUUCGAGGAGCAGACGGGAAGAGAGAACACAAAGCGAUAAGUACAAAUGAACUUGAAGAGUUCUCUGAUCAGUGGAUAAGCCAGAGAUUCGUCCCCAAGGAAGAGCUGCAGGAAACCCUUCAUGAGAUCAAAAUACUACGUCUAAAUAAGCUCUUUGCUAAGGUCAAGCCUCCGAAGUUCUCCGAGCCGCAGUAUUCGAACUGGGCAGCUGUUGGUAUAAUUAGCGGCAAGGGAGAGAUUAAGUUUACCUCUGCUGAGAAGCCCAGGAAGUACUUUAAGUUCACUUUGACAAAUUUCCAGCAUAAUCUCGAGGUUUAUAUAUUUGGGAAAAAGAGUGUGGAGCGAUACUAUAGCCUGCGUGUCGGAGCGAUAGUUGCGAUACUGAACCCCGAGGUAUUGCCGUGGAGGCCAUCGGGUAAAGGAAAUUUCAUCAAGUCCUUCAACCUGAGGAUCUCGCACGAUUUUCCGUGCAUCUUAGAGAUUGGUCAAAGUCGUGACAUUGGUUGGUGCCCAGGCUUCAAUAAAUCUCAACAGAAGGCAUGUGGAGCUCCGAUAAACAAGGCCAAAGAAACUUACUGUGAUUAUCACAAGGAAACCAGACUUCGGAGUAACCACGCGAAGAGAAUCGAGCUGAACGGAUCCUCCGCUUUGGGAGCACCCACUAGAAUCGACGCACAACCAGCGUUAUAUCGCAGUCGGUCGCCAUCAGCACAGAAUAGUUUCAAAGUUAUUCCCGAUGUUCGGACCAGGAAAAUAGAUAAGAAGCCUGAUGUGAGGGGCAUACAUUUUACUAAUGGUAAUGCCGCCAAAGCCUUCUUUAACGACAAAUUCCAAAAUCCUGACAUAUUAAACAACCUCGACAAUAAGCGCAGGAAGAUUGAGGAUCGCAAAAAGCAGAAGCUACUCGAGAAGCAACUUAAUUUAGUCAAUGGUAAGAGCAUCGAUAUGAAAAACCAUGAGGACUUCGAAAAUGCUCGGCAGACCACUGAGGCUACUCUUCAAAGUGGCUUCAUCGAAAGGUUAGGAUUUGAUCCCACACACGGCAGGAUGGCAGAUGUUCUGAAGCGAACGAACAGAGGAAAAAUCAAUGACCAUCGAUUUAAUGAGAAAGAGCGUGAAGUUUCGUCGCUGCUUAGUUUUAGGAAGGAGAAAGUUGAACUAAAGCCUUCUAAGGAAGUGUUGAUUGACCGGAAAAAAGGAAGGGAGAGAGCAUGGAAGGAAACCUUUGGUAAAAAGCCUGAGAAGGACCUUUCUGAUAGCAGUGAAAGCGAGAUAGAAAUAAUAUGA